AUGAGCGGCGCUCCACUAGCUGGAACUGCGUGAGUCCCCGAGGAACCAAGUCGGCAGCUGGGCAGCGGGCGGCCGAUUCUUUCUAGGGCUAAGAUGGAUCUUGUACUCAGUAUUGCAGAUUAUUAUUUUUUUACACCGUACAUAUAUCCAGCCACAUGGCCAGAGGACAACAUCUUCCGACAAGCUAUCACUCUCCUGAUUGUAACAAAUCUCGGUGCUUUUAUACUGUAUUUCUUCUUUGCAACACUGAGUUAUUAUUUUGUCUAUGAUCAUUUAUUAAUGAAACACCCACAAUUUUUAAAGAAUCAAGUCUCUCGAGAGAUUACGCAUUCUGUCCAGUCAAUGCCAUGGAUGAGCAUCCCCACGGUUUUACUGUUCCUGCUAGAGGUGAGAGGUUACAGCAGACUCUAUGACGGCAUAGGCGAGUUUCCAUAUGGCUGGUUUCAACUCGUUGCUAGUGUCUUGUCCUUUCUCUUCUUCACUGACAUGCUGAUCUACUGGAUUCACAGAGGCCUUCAUCAUAAACUUGUAUAUAAGCGCUUACACAAACCUCAUCACAUCUGGAAGAUCCCAACUCCAUUUGCAAGUCACGCUUUUCAUCCUCUGGACGGCUUCCUUCAGAGUCUGCCUUACCACAUAUACCCUUUUAUCUUCCCGUUACACAAGGUAGUUUAUUUAAGCUUGUACAUCUUGGUCAAUAUCUGGACAAUUUCCAUUCACGAUGGUGAUUUUCGUGAUCCCCAGCUCUUAAAGCCUUUUAUUAAUGGCUCGGCUCAUCACACAGACCACCAUAUGCUCUUUGACUAUAAUUAUGGACAGUAUUUCACCUUGUGGGAUAGAAUUGGAGGCUCAUUCAGAAAUCCCUCCUCCUUUGAGGGGAAUGGACCUCUUAAUUAUGUGAAGAAAAUGGCAGAAGAAAAGCACAAUAGCCAUGGAGGAAAUGGUUAUAAAAAUGAAAAAUUAUUCAAUGGAGAGUGUACAAAGACUGAGUAGAGUAUUUCCCAAUUAUUAAAAAUUUUUAAUCAAGGAAAAAUAAUUACAUACGUUACCAUGAGGAGGCAUAGCAAGUGAACAGUAUCAUUUGAAAAAUCAAUAUUGUGGGUAUAGCUGAGGAGUGCUCAUAAUGGUAGAUCAAGGGAACAUGCCAUGUGUACCACGAUUUUAACCUUGUGCUCCAAAUACUGGAUGUUGCUCUAAGGUACAAGUUGUGUCUUUCUAGCCAGCAGAUCUGUAAUUUGUAUAGCCUCAACAGCAGUUUUUUUAAGAUAGAGGAUAGAUUAUUGAGGGGACUGGGCUAUGUCCUUUUGCCUUAAUUUGUGCAUAUUCAUUAAAGUAAAAUUCAUUGUGCUUAAUGAUAUCAAGACUAAACGGCAUAACAAAGAAGUACUAAUAUGAAGAUGAUUCCUCGUAUCAGGAAUGAUUAAGUAUUUGGUACAGUAAGUUCCCUACGUAAAAACAAGUUCGGUUCUGAGAGCCAAGUUCGUCAGUCAAAUUUGUUUCUAAGUCCAGCAAAGUUAGCUCAUCUACCCAACCAGCACAAUUGGCUAUAUGGUACUGUUCUGUAAUAGAUUUAUAAGACUUUUCACACAAAUAAUACGUAAACACAAAAAAUAAACAUCUUUACUCGUACAGUACAGUACCUUGAAAAGUACAGUAAUAUAGUAUAGCAGAUGGCACAUGGGCUGUCAUCGAGUGAACAGGCGAGGAGAGUUACUAACUCAAGGAGGUGGGAGAUGGAAGAGCUUCAGAUCAUCAGCUCUGAAUAGGGGAUACCAGCUGCAUCACCACUGCUUUUAUGUUUGCUUCAGACAUCCUGGGCUUGAAGUAAAUAUACCAUACUCUACAGCACUGUACAGUAAAGUACACAAAAGCACAGCCCCGUGUACAGGAUGCACGCGUGUGACAACGUACACUAGAUAUGUGAACUUACGUGAUUGGACACGUGAGCGCAUGUCCUCAUCUUUGAAGGUUAGAAACGUGAAGGUUCGUGUGUAGGGGACUUACUGUGUUGGUAUGAUAACUUGUGCUUAGUUAAGUAGAAACACAGGUUU